AUGAAGUUCUCACUCAUGCUCCUCUUGCCUACGGCAUUAACUGCCAGCGCACAAUUAAUUGAGGUCCGCGCAACCGCCUGUGGAGCAGGAAAUAACUGCCAGCGCGGCGUCGGUGGUGCCGCCGGCGUGAAUCCACCUUUGAGCAGUCGCCUGGCUGACUGCUCGAGCCUGUUCACCGUGACUGUGACGCCGGCUGUCUAUACAACGACAACAACUUCAUCGGCGCUAGAUAUGCCUGUUUUUACCGUCGUUAAGCGCGAUGAACCCGCCAGUGCAGUCACCGUCAGCCCUACCGUCGUACCCACCUAUGCAAAGUACUGCUCCAGCGCAUCAGCCUACUACAGCGCUUGCUCCUGCGCGGGCGUUACUGGCGUUACAACCACGGCGCCAACGCCUACGGUGACGGAGACGGAGACGACGACUGUGACGUGCGCGCUGGAGAGGAAGGUGAAACGAGGUCUAGAGGCGGCGGGGGGUAUGCUGAACUUUGGAAGGAUGUGAUGGGACGUUGGAUAACCUGUAACUGAGGUGAACGGAGGAAGGAGUGUUGAUCUUGAUCAUUCUCUCGCUGAUCUGGAGUCGACGCGUUGUCUGUCUUGAUUGGGGUUGGAGCUUAGAAGAAGUGGAAGAAUGGAUAUGAAUGUGUGCUACAGCUUUGCGAUUGUGACUUUGAUCUUUGGAUGUGAUAGGGAAAUGUGGAGGUUGGGUAAGGUAGAACCUUGGUGUGAUGGUCCGAAGAAAUGAG